AAAUGACAUCAGUUGAAGUUUGCUGCAGAUGUAUGUUUGAUGUGCUUAGGAUCAAAUGACAUGGAGUGGAAGUUUGCUGCACAUAAGCUUUUUGCUGAUUUAUAGGAUAAUUUAAGUAGAUGGUAUUGUUUGUUUGUUGCACAUAAGUCUUUGAUUUGAAUUGUGUGUUUAGGAUCAAAUGACUUUGACUGGUACUUGAGUGUGUUUAGGAUCAAAUGUAACAUUUGAACAAGGGUUCUCCCACUUGAGUGUGUUUAGGAUCAGUUGUAGCAUUUGAACAACUUGAUCAGGGUACAAUAGGAUUUAGGCUAAAGUUCAAUUGCAUAAUGUUACUUUGUUAUUAAUAGAACAGGGAUGUUACAGACAGUUUGCUUUGCACAAUAGGAAUUAGACUAAAGUUCAAACAUGUGUAAUUUUGGUAGGCAUUGCUUUACCUGUUUAACCAGAAUAAAUGGUCAAACAUGUUUAAUCGAAGGUAGUUCAACUUCUGAAAGUAAAAGCCACUUGAAGUUAUGAAGGUCAAUCACCAUUCUAGUUCUAAAAUUCAAACCCGUUUCAAGUUCUAAACCUUAUUAUUUGAACAUGUAACUUCUUAAACCGAGUUUACUUAAAUUGUGUAACAAUUUGUUAAAAUACUAAUUACAACUUGUUUAUAGGUAGAUAUUGUUUAGUAGACGUGGGCUUACCUCAUACCGAUACCCUAAUGGCACCAUAUAGAGGUGUUAGGUAUCAUUUGAAAGAGUACUCCACUCGUCCCACUCUGAAUGCAAAGGAGUUGUUUAACCUUCGUCAUGCAUCAUUACACAAUGCAAUUGAACGAGCAUUUGAGGAAGAUCGUGACAAAGAUCUUGAAGAUGAGGUCAUACAAGAGGUGUUAUUAGGACCACAAGAAGAAGAACGCCAACGAACAAGAGACAUCCGUGAGGGAAGUACUAGAGCCGAACAACUAAGGAACUCAAUUGCAAAUGAAAUGUGGACUAAUUAUAUGACUUAUCCAAACAAUGAAAUUGAUAUGUCAAAGUAG